GCCUGCCGGGAAAUGCGGGCGCGUUUUCUCUCGGCUCCGCCACCAGCCGGGGCUCGGGCCCGUGCCCGGGCCCCCGGGACAUGGCCUCCCCAAGUGCGCAGGGCGACGUCCCCACCUCCAGUCACUGGGACGACGGCGGCGCGGAGACAGUCUUUAACGCCAAAAGGAAAAAGAAAGUGGCAAAGAUAUACCAGGCUCUGAACAGUGAUCCCACUGAUGUGGCUGCCCUUAGACGCAUGGCUAUUAGCGAGGGAGGGCUCCUAACUGAUGAGAUGAGACGAAAAGUGUGGCCCAAGCUCCUCAAUGUCAACAUCAAUGACCCACCUCCUAUAUCAGGGAAAAACCUACGACAGAUGAGCAAGGACUACCAACAAGUGCUGCUGGAUGUCAGGCGGUCCCUACGGCGGUUUCCUCCUGGCAUGCCAAAAGAACAGAGAGAAGGGCUCCAGGAAGAACUGAUCGACAUCAUCCUGCUCGUCUUGGAGCGCAACCCUCAGCUGCAUUACUACCAGGGCUACCAUGACAUUGUGGUCACAUUUCUGCUGGUGGUAGGAGAGAGUCUGGCAACAUCCCUGGUAGAAAAAGUAUCUACCCACCACCUCAGGGAUUUCAUGGAUCCAACAAUGGACAACACCAAACAUAUAUUAAACUAUCUAAUGCCCAUCAUUGACCAGGUGAAUCCAGAACUCCAUGACUUCAUGCAAAGUGCUGAGGUCGGGACCAUCUUUGCCCUCAGCUGGCUCAUCACCUGGUUUGGGCACGUCCUGUCUGACUUCAGACACGUGGUGCGGUUAUACGACUUCUUCCUGGCCUGCCACCCCCUGAUGCCCAUUUACUUUGCAGCUGUGAUCGUGUUGUAUCGAGAGGAGGAAGUCCUGGAUUGUGACUGUGACAUGGCCUCGGUUCACCACCUGUUGUCCCAGAUCCCUCAGGACCUGCCCUAUGAGAUGCUGAUCAGUAGAGCCGGAGACCUUUUUGUUCAGUUUCCCCCUUCUAGACUUGCUUGGGAAGCAGCUGCCCAACAGGAAGCCAACAAAACGGCAGCCUCUACCUUCAAAGACUUUGAGCUGGCAUCCACCCAGCAGAGGCCUGACAUGGUACUGCGGCAGCGGUUUCGGGGACUGCGGACUGAGAAUCGGACAAAAGACGUCCUGACCAAACCAAGGACCAACCGCCUUGUGAAACUGGCGGUGAUGGGGCUGACGGUGGCGCUGGGAGCAGCCGCGCUGGCUGUGGUGAAGAGUGCCCUGGAGUGGGCCCCUAAGUUCCAGCUGCAGCUGUUCCCCUAAACGCCAGGGAAGACCCUCCCUCUGGCACUGCGUGAGGUCUCGCCCUCCAUGAAGGAUGGGGCGGGGUGGGGGGAUGUCCUUUAUUAAAAGGGUUUCUG